AUGCCGCCUGCUGCAGCACCAUCGAAGGGAGCAAAGAAGGCAGCUAAGGCUAAGCCUGCGCGUUCUGGAGAUAAGAAAAAGAAGAGGAAGAGAAAGGAAAGCUAUUCCAUCUACAUCUACAAAGUGUUGAAGCAGGUUCAUCCCGACACUGGAGUUUCCAGCAAAGCCAUGUCUAUCAUGAACAGUUUUGUGAACGAUUUAUUCGAAAGAAUAGCUUCUGAGUCCAGCCGUUUGGCUCACUACAACAAGCGUUCGACCAUCAGUAGCCGUGAAGUACAGACUGCUGUCCGUCUUCUCCUUCCUGGUGAAUUAGCCAAACACGCUGUCUCUGAGGGUACCAAAGCUGUUACCAAAUACACAAGCAGUAAAUAGAAAGCUAUGCUUCUACUCAUCUUCUCAAGAACGGCCCUUUUAAGGGCCAACUAAAUUUUGUCAAAAGUUAUCU